AUGCCCAGCCUCAAGGCGGUAGCGGUGGGAGUGGGGCUGGUGGCGGCCGCUCUCGUCGCCGACAGAGUCUCCCAGGUCUGGGCGUCCCUGCUGGAGAGCAACGUUCUCAUCUUCAUUUUUGUGGGGCUGCUCCUGGCGGUGGCGCUGUACAGCACAGGUACCAAUGGGCAGGCCUUUGGCGGCAGCACAGGCGCGACCACCAGCCAGCAAAUCGUGCCGCGCCGCCCACACCUGGGCAGCAGCAGCACCAGUGGCAAUGCCAACAGCCCAGUGCAGACCCCUAGACGGCCGACUGAGACGGCGCAGCGCUCACGCCGCCGUGUCAUCACAGAUGUGCCCAGCUUCAUGCAACCCAGCGGUAGCGGUGGGAGCAUCAAUGCGAGUGCAGGAAGCAACGCCAAUGAUGCAGCGCUUGUGGCCAGCGGCAGCACCGGCGGUGGCGGCGGCAGCAGCAACACCGCGCUUGUUGCCGUUGAUGACUUGAGCAACGCUCUGGUAGAGAGCGCCAGCCUGUCCUGCCCCGCGCCGCACGGCUGCGGCUUCAGGCACACCUGCCCCGACCUGGGCCGCAGCUGGAUGCGCUGCAAGAAGCACGGCCACCACAUGGCGCCCCCCGAUGGCAGCGUGUGGCGGGAGCGGGUGGACGAGGACCAGGCGGGAGCUGGCCAGCUGCGCCUGUGCCUGAGCUGGAGGGGCAGGGUGCUGGAUGUGACGGAGGUUGGGGAGUGCCGAGGCUGGGAGAAGGAGAUGACGGACAGGGUUCUGUCUGCAAUGACUGCCAGCGGGCGGCGCCUGGGGGACGUGUGCAGCCUGAGCCACCCGUUGCUGGACAAGCUGGGGGAGGUGCUCACGAUGGACCCCCGCGCAGCCGCUGAGGGGGCAAAGUGGUGGAACCUGUGGAAGAGGCGCAGCCAGGGUCCGCCGCAGCCCUCCACGCCGCCGCUGGCCAUCGAGCUGCCGAGCAUGAGGGCAGGCAGAUCCUAG